UGGACAUGUAUGGGUUAUUUUGUUAAGGGACCCCCGCAUCAUUGUGAGAAACUAGUCAGCAAUUGCACAAGAUGACUGAACAAACCGGCUCUCUACGUGAAGCAACCCAGCGUGUGGAAGGAGGGGAAACGCCUGCUCAAAAUGCUUCUGACAAAAAUGAGCAAGGUGAAGCUCAGACCAGUACUAAUGCACAAGGAGCCCGUAAUUCCAAGCGUCGAGUUACAAAGGUGGGACACGAGCCAGUGCACUCCAACGUCGAACUGGAGACGCUUCGAGAUUUGUAUCUGCCUAAAGAUCCAUCAGACCGCAUCGUUCAUAGUGAUGGAACUGUCUCUUACCUUCAUGCAAAAAGCUUUCUACCCGUGCGUAUGCUCCGUCAGUCAGAACGGCUUAGGAUUCUAGUCACAGGUGGAGCUGGAUUUGUUGGUUCACAUCUUGUGGACAGACUUAUGUUGAUGGGACAUGAAGUUAUUGUCAUGGACAACUUUUUCACAGGCACGAAAACAAAUGUACAACACUGGAUAGGUCAUCCACACUUUGACCUCGUUCGUCAUGAUGUCGUCGACCCCUUCAUGAUAGAGGUCAACCAAAUAUACCACUUAGCGUGUCCCGCUUCACCACCGCACUAUCAGUAUAACCCUACCAAGACGGUCAAGACAAGUGUAAUGGGUACAAUCAACAUGCUGGGUCUCGCAAAGCGAACAAAGGCUCGGUUUUUAUUAACCUCUACAUCAGAGGUUUAUGGCGAUCCAGAAGAACACCCUCAAAAAGAAACUUACUGGGGCCAUGUAAAUCCCAUUGGACCACGUGCCUGCUACGACGAAGGCAAACGUAUUGCUGAAACGCUUACCUAUUCUUAUAUGCGACAAAACGACGUUGAUGUACGAGUGGCGCGUAUUUUCAACACCUUUGGUCCCAGAAUGUCACCCGCCGAUGGAAGAGUUGUCAGCAACUUCAUCAUACAAGCUUUGAAAGGCGAACAACUGACAAUUUACGGUGAUGGAACUCAAACUCGAUCGUUCCAAUAUAUCCACGACUUGAUUGAUGGGCUUAUCUUGUUGAUGAACAAAAACUUUACAGAGCCAGUCAAUUUGGGAAAUCCAGAAGAGUACUCAAUACAGGAGUUUGCAGAGAUGAUACGGGAUCGUGUCAGUCCCGAUACGCCUAUCAAGCACUUACCAGCAACCAUGGACGAUCCAAAGAAACGCAAGCCGGAUGUUACCCGCGCUACAACCUACCUUGGAUGGCAGCCUGCAUUCUCUGUUCAGCAGGGAUUAGAGGAAACAAUAGAAUGGUUUAAAGAGCAAGGUCUGGAGGCCUUGAUAUGAUAUUAUCUGACAAAAUUUGCCAAUUGUAAUAAAACUGUCAGCGCUUUUUCACAUGUCAUUCUGCC